AUGGUUGAACUUUUUAUAUCAAAUGGAGCUGAUGUUACAGUAAUAGACGAACAAGAAAAAACUCCUCUACACUAUUUAGCAGAAUAUUUACUUUGGAAUAAAUAUAAAUAUGAUCCACCAAUAUUUGGCUAUGUAAAAAUAGCUGAAAUAUUAAUUUCAAAUGGAACUGAUGUGAAUGCUAAGGAUAUUAAUGGAGCAACCGCUCUUCAUUUAGCAGUUCAAUCAUCUAAUUUUGAUUUAAUACAUUUUCUUAUAUCGAGUGGUGCUGAAAUCAAUGCCUUAGAUAAAUUUGGAAAAAACGCACUUCAUUAUGUUUCAUCAGAUGAAGUAGAAAUUUUAAUUGAGGAGCUUAUUUCAACUGGAAUAGAUAUUAAUGCAAAGGAUCAUGAACAAAAAUCUCCUCUUCAUAAUGCUUUGAUAAAGGGAUAUGAAUUAAUAGGGGAAAUUCUUAUUGAACGUGGCGCAGAUGUCAAUGCAAAAGACAAUAAAGGAAGAACAGCCUUACAUUAUGCAACAAUGAAUAACCUUUCUGUUAUUAUUACAGAUCUUUUGUCACACGACGCUGAUAUCAAUGCAAAAGAUUAUAAAGAGAGAACUGCUCUUCAUUUGGCUUCAAAACACUCAAAUCACGGAAUUAGAGAGCUUCUGAUUUCUAAUGGAAUAGAUGCUGAUGCCAAAGAUAUUUACGGAAAAACUGCUCUUCAAUUAUAG